UGCACGACUCGACUUCCUCGGAGUUGAGGGCUGGAGCCGGAGGCAGCCUUCCUUCACGGCUGGGAAGGAUGACAAGCUGGGCUCUGGUAACAAGCGACUGACUUCGUGCAUCCUUGGAUGGAUCAUUUUUAUCUGCUUCUGUACGGAGCAGCCACCAAGUGUGGGGUGCGAUUUGCGGAAACCUCCAUAGAAAAACAAGACUGUGUGGCACCUCAUUAGGGCUGGGAGGGUGAAGGCUUUCAGACGAGCCCAGGGCUGCUGUGUUUGGGCCCUGGCUUUGGACCUCCUGCUCUGAAUCGUGGACACCGGUCAGGAAAGCGAGGCUGCCUUUCCAGCUGGGGAGUCAGCAGUUUCUCUGCUGUGCCCAUUCUCAGCAGAUCUGGUUAAGGAUCAGAAGCUGCCUUUCCUCUGAUGCAUGCAAACUUUAGCCCCACACAUGAAAGAUACUUUGAAACCAUCUGAUGCCAACCCGAGCUCAGAGAUAAGGACUGUGAGGCCAAGAGGUUAACUGACUUGCCCAAAGGAGACAGGAAGCACAAGGGUAGGUCUGUGAGUCCCUGGGAUGUGUUUCAACCAGCAUGUCGGACAAGGACAAAGUCAUCAGCUCUGGACCCAUCGAGCACCCUGACUCCAGUGAAACAGGACAAGGUCUCCCAGGCUACCUUGGAAGCUCCGAGGGACUCCAGGUCAUUAAGGAGCCUCCGCUUAGAGCCUGUGCUCAGCCCGGUGGCCUGAGCACCACAUUCGGUUGCAUCUGCCCAUCUCUGUCUUCCACCCUGGAAGUCUGUACUAAUAGAUUCUGUUGGGGACACCAGUGCCCACCGGUCUCUGGAAGGUACACGUCCUCUCAGGCAUCUCCUGAGGACUGCAAUGCCUUAACUCAAAGGAGAAGUCCCUCCCAGCAAAAUCCCUCUUUGGAGAGAAGGCUGAUGAGGGAGACUGGAGCAGACCUGCUGGGCACCUGUAGGCCACUUCCCUGCACACCUGGUGCUGGAAUUGCAUUGGUUUUCACAACUGCUUUGCUUCUUGGCUUCUCCAGCUCCCUGGAGGCGCAAAGCAGCUGCUCUCCCAAGGCGUUCCUACCAGGGAAGGAGACCCAGCUCCAGCAAAGAUGUCCUGCCCCCUCGGCCUGCCUGGGCUUCGGUCCCGCCGCAGAGAAGCAAGAAGCUCCCGGAAGAGUCGCGAUGGCCGUGGAGUCCGGUCGUCGGCUCCGGGAACGCGCCCCGGGAGGAGAUGAGGGGCGCCCCGGUGUCCGCACUGUCGCAGAGGACGCACCAAUCCCCGCGAGCGGCAGUGGUGGAGGGGCCGGGACCCGGUGCCUAGGGGGGAUCGGCUCCACCGCGGAGCGCGCUUGGUGCCCCGGCAGCGCGCCCCGCCGCGGAACCCGAGUUUUCUGUCCUAGAGCACACCCCACCCCGACGUGACCAGGGUGGUUGCAGCGCCCGCCCCGUUCCCUGCGGGCUGGCGCCGCCCCCACCCGCCCCUCCGCGCCCUACCUGCAGCCCUUUUCCUUCUCAGGUGGAGG